AUUUAUGAUCGCAACACGCUGCAAAAGACACGUGUGAUACUCCGUGAUAAAUAUGCGACGGGUGCUCCAUUUCUGCAGCAUAGCGCUUCUCGUGCUACAGAUAGCAAGACAUUGUCUUUUCGCCUGACUUCUGGCUUAGUUGGUGUCUUUUCAGGAAUUCAGUUCAACUUCUUGGGGUAUCAAUUCAGCAACAUUUCUGCGUGGACAAGACGAUAUUCGGUAGGCGGUCGUUGGAGAACGUUGGAGGCGGAUCGACGAUUUGCGAUUGGACGGCAAACAACAUCCUCGGCAAGAGGACCAUGCGAACAGCGAUAG